UUCUCUCUCUUUCUUUUUCUUCGAUUCUCAUCAUUCUCAUUAUUUAACCAUUAAACACACACACUCUUCUCUUCACUUCACUCAUUUCCUUUCCUUUCUCUUCUCUUCUCCAAAAUGGCUUCCAUUCCAAUUUCAACUCUCUCCUUCACCUUCAUCCUCCUCCUCCUACAAUGCCUCUCUGCAUCAUGCUCUUCCCCCAAGAAGACAUACAUUGUCCACAUGAACCACCACACCAAACCCCAGAUCUACCCCACCCGCCGCGACUGGUACACCGCCAGCCUCCGAUCUCUUUCUCUCACAACUGACUCAGAAACCUCCGAUGACCCACUUCUCUACGCCUACGACACCGCCUACAACGGUUUCGCCGCUUCCCUUGACGAACAACAAGCCCAGACCCUGCUCGGAUCUGAUUCCGUUCUGGGUCUCUAUGAAGACACUCUCUACCAUCUUCACACCACGCGUACUCCCCAGUUUCUGGGGCUUGACACACAAACGGGGUUGUGGGAAGGACAUAGAACUCUGGAACUUGACCAGGCUUCUCGUGAUGUUAUCAUUGGAGUGCUUGACACCGGAGUGUGGCCGGAGUCUCCUAGCUUCAACGACGCCGGAAUGCCAGAGAUCCCAUCACGGUGGCGCGGUGAGUGUGAGAACGCCACUGAUUUCUCAUCCUCGCUUUGCAACAGGAAACUCAUCGGAGCCAGAAGCUUCUCCAGAGGCUUCCACAUGGCUGCCGGUAACGACGGCGGUUUCGGAAAAGAGAGAGAGCCACCGUCGCCGCGUGACAGCGACGGUCACGGCACCCACACUGCCAGCACCGCCGCGGGAUCCCACGUCGGGAACGCUAGUCUCCUCGGUUACGCUAGCGGAACCGCUAGAGGCAUGGCUCCACAGGCGCGUGUUGCCACGUACAAGGUUUGCUGGAGCGACGGUUGCUUCGCGUCCGACAUUCUCGCCGGAAUGGACCGCGCCAUCAGGGACGGCGUUGAUGUUCUCUCACUCUCCCUCGGUGGUGGGUCUGGUCCUUACUUCCGUGACACCAUUGCCAUCGGAGCGUUUGCAGCGAUGGAGCGUGGGAUCUUCGUGUCCUGCUCCGCCGGGAACAGCGGUCCAAGCAAAGCCUCACUCGCCAACGUCGCGCCGUGGUUGAUGACCGUCGGCGCCGGAACGCUCGACCGGGAUUUCCCCGCCUCGGCCUUGCUCGGGAACAAGAAGCGGUUCGCCGGGGUUUCUCUCUACAGCGGAAAAGGAAUGGGGGCUGAACCGGUUGGUUUGGUUUACAGCAAGGGGUCGAACCAGUCCGGUAUCUUAUGCCUACCCGGUUCACUCGACCCGGCGGUGGUUCGUGGAAAAGUGGUUCUCUGCGACCGUGGGUUGAACGCGCGGGUGGAGAAGGGUAAAGUCGUGAAAGAAGCCGGCGGAAUUGGGAUGAUUCUGACCAACACCGCCGCGAACGGGGAAGAGCUUGUGGCGGAUAGUCACCUGCUACCGGCUGUUGCGGUUGGGAGAAUCGUGGGGGACCAGAUCAGAGAAUACGUGACGUCUGAUCCUAAUCCAACGGCAGUUUUGAGUUUCAGUGGGACCGUUUUGAACGUUAGACCCUCCCCUGUGGUUGCAGCUUUCAGUUCUCGUGGUCCCAACAUGAUCACCAAGCAGAUCCUGAAACCUGAUGUGAUUGGGCCUGGUGUUAACAUCUUAGCAGGAUGGUCAGAAGCUAUUGGGCCCUCUGGGCUUCCUCAGGACUCUCGCAAAUCACAGUUCAACAUCAUGUCAGGUACUUCAAUGUCAUGUCCACACAUAAGUGGAUUGGGCGCGUUGCUGAAAGCAGCACAUCCAGAUUGGAGUCCGAGUGCGAUUAAAUCAGCACUAAUGACAACAGCUUAUGUUCAUGACAACACCAAUUCACCGCUUCGCGAUGCAGCUGGAGGGGAGUUUUCUACUCCAUGGGCUCACGGUGCCGGCCAUGUGAAUCCGCAGAAAGCGCUAUCUCCUGGACUUGUGUAUGAUGCUAAAGCAAGGGACUACAUUGCGUUUUUGUGCUCGUUGGAUUACUCACCUGACCACCUUCAGCUUAUUGUGAAGCGGGCUGGAGUUAAUUGUUCUAGGAAGUUGUCUGAUCCUGGUCAGUUGAACUACCCGUCUUUCUCGGUGGUGUUUGACUCGGUGGUGUUUGACGCGAAGAAGGUUGUGAGGUACACGAGGACCGUUACCAAUGUUGGCGAGGCGGGUUCUGUCUAUGAUGUUGUCGUUGAUGGGCCUUCCAUGGUUGGGAUCACGGUGUAUCCGACGAAGCUUGAGUUUGGGAAAGUAGGGGAGAGGAAAAGGUACACUGUGACCUUUGUGUCAAAGAAGGGUGCUUCUGAUGAUUUGGUUAGGUCUGCAUUUGGUAGCAUUACAUGGAAAAAUGAACAGCACCAAGUUAGAAGCCCUGUUGCUUUUGCUUGGACAGAGUUGUGAGCUUGUGGGUUACACUUUCACACUAUUUCAAGCCCAGCAAGCCCUUUGCCUUGAGCCUAUAGUGAAAAAAAAGAAAAUGAAACAAAGGAGGUGCUUUGAUAUAACACCUUGAGGCUUGGUUGAUCUUGCAAUUAACAUUAUUACUUGUAUGUUUAGAAGGUUGUGCUUUUUUCUUUUUUUCUUUCUUGUUGGGGAUAUUUGAUGAACAAAGUUGAGAUUGAAAAGAGGGGGUGAAGAAGGGAAUGGAAAAAUGAUUGCUUGCUCUCUUUGUUUGUGUAGUUAGUUUUGUGUACCCAGUAAAAUUGAUGUUACAAACAGAGGAUGUUGAUGUUAUUAUAUUAACGAGCUGGCUAUACCAUUUGAUUAACAAA